CCCUCGGUGUGCGCCAUGCGGGGCGGGGGCUGCUGCCCGCUGCUGCUGGCGGCGCUGGGCUGGCUGCUGCCGGCGGGGGCGGCGGGCAGCGGGGAGUACUGCCACGGCUGGCUGGACGGGCAGGGCGGCUGGAGGGACGGCUUCCAGUGCCCCGAGCGCUUCGACGGCGGCGACGCCACCAUCUGCUGCGGCAGCUGCGCCCUCCGCUACUGCUGCUCCAGCGCCGAGGCGCGGCUCGACCAGGGAGCCUGCGAUAACGACCGGAGGCACGGAGCCGCCGAGCCCGGACGGCCCGGCAAGGACGGCCCCGACGGGGCGGCAGUGCCCAUCUACGUGCCGUUCCUCAUCGUUGGAUCCGUCUUCGUCGCCUUCAUCAUCCUGGGCUCGCUGGUGGCGGCGUGCUGCUGCAGGUGCCUGCGGCCCAAGCAGGAGCCCCAGCAGAGCCGCGCGCCCGGGGGCACCCGCCUGAUGGAGACCAUCCCCAUGAUCCCCAGCGCCAGCACCUCCCGCGGCUCCUCCUCCCGACAGUCCAGCACCGCCGCCAGCUCCAGCUCCAGCGCCAACUCGGGGGCCAGAGCCCCCCCGACCAGGUCGCAGACCAACUGCUGCUUGCCCGAGGGGACCAUGAACAACGUCUACGUCAACAUGCCGACCAACUUCUCGGUGCUCAACUGCCAGCAGGCCACCCAGAUCGUGCCGCACCAGGGGCAGUACCUGCACCCGCCCUACGUGGGCUACGCCGUCCAGCACGACUCGGUGCCGCUCGCCCCCGUGGCCCCCUUCCUGGACGGUUUGCAGGGUGGCUACAGGCAGAUCCAGUCCCCAUUCCCGCACACCGGCGGCGAGCAGAAGAUGUACCCGGCCGUGACCGUGUAGCGCCGCCGUGUAGCUGCCUCCCCCUCCCCGCCUGACAGGUUUUUCAUAUCCCAGCCGAACAGAGGAGAAAUACUUCCUUGGAACGUAGCUCCCAGAACAUCGCUUGUAAAUAAUUUUGAAAGGCUCAUGCAUGUCAGACAGUGUUUAUAAACCAUUUAUUUUCAUUGGGGUCCGCUGCCAGAAACUGUAGGAUGAUAUCGCUGAAUUAACAUUUCCAGAUACGCUUUCAUUCCAGUGCACGAUUUACAGUGGCGAAGGAUUAUGCUUAAAAAGCAUAUGCAUUAGAGAUCACUGUGCUUGCGAGAUAAAUGCCGGAGCCAUUAAGUGCCCUUCAGGUAUGACAUGGUCAGAAAUAUUUGCCUAAUUAAUUCAUAGAAAGAGUUUCGUUCCACUGUAUGAGACCAUAGUACUUAAGAAACCUCUUCUCUCUUCUCCUCUUCCAAUUCCUUAGUGACAUUUCCCUUUGCUUUACAGACAAUCACCACUGAACCUGAGCAGGGCCGUCGCUCUGUGCUCGGUUCCUGGUACCAGCUCCCAUGGUUUUUUGGGCCCUGGGCCCAGGGUGAGCUGCCACGCGGUGCUCAGUCUUGCAGAGAACAACUUUCCGUGUCCCUGGUAUUUAUGUAGGAACUUGGAGCAGAUGAAUUACUCGGCUCUUACUUCCAGCGCACUUGAAACCCUUCUUGAUUUGAUUUUGCCUCAAGAUCAGGAACUGGUAGUGGUUUGCACAAACUCUUUUCUCUUUGCGGACUUCCUACUAUGAACAGGGUGCGAGGUACUUGCUCCUCCAGCCACCAGCACAAAUUUUCAACUCCGUGACUGCUGUUGGAGCUGAAGCAAUGCUUACAGAGGAAGAUUGUGCUGCGACUUCCAACACGCCUCAUUUGACCUUGCCUCCCAUGAAACAUUCAACCUGUGUGCGCGGGCCUGACGGGCCCAGGCCCUGCCGCGGGCUCGUGAUGGAGCCCACCCAUGGGACCACGUGGAACAGCCUGCCCUGGUCCCACCAAGCCAGCAGGGACUUGCAGAGCUUGGAAAUCCACCCUGGAUUAUUCUUGGGAGCAGAAAUGUCCAGCGAGGUUUAAAAACCUGCAUCGAGGAUGAGGGAAAAGGCCCAAGCAACGCAUGAAAGGCUGCACCUGCAGAGGGGGCAUCGCAGUUGGCAUCGUGUGUUUGUUCGGGUAAAUGCCUCCCGAGUUUGGCCAGGCAACAGCACACGGGAAAUAAUCAGACCGUGCUAAUUGUAAAGUAUCACCCCAGGCGUAUUUAAACGAGCAAAACAGUCCUAAGGGCUGAUUUUGUCUCUUAGAAAACUUGGUCUCUGCAUUUCAGUCCGUUUGUUCUUCAGACUAAAUGCUGCAGCUGUGUACUAAGGGCAAAACCCAGCACUAAGGGCAAUUGCUGUAAGCGGACCAGAGCUGGCAAAAGGUUUCUUGUUUCCGAUACUGUAUCAGUACGUAGCAAUAACUGUGACACUACUAUUUUUUGUAUGUCUCUUUUAAAACCACGCGUUCGCGUGGAAGCGUUGCCAAAUCCGAUGGUUUACUUGUAAACACGCCACACACACACAGGCAGCCUACAGAAGGGAGAAAUGUUUUUGACCACUGAAAUAGGAAAAUGAAUAGGUAAUUUAUACCCGAUCUGCUGUUAUUGGCCGAGAUCUCCCCAUUCAGCGUGUGUGACCUUUACAAAAACGCCAGCUCGCAGGCCCGGCCUUCGCCUCCCGCUGCGCCGAGCGGCGCUGGGAGCAGUGGCCUGCAGGCCCCGUGGUGACAGUGACGGUGACAGUGAUGGUGACAGUGCCAAUACCGGUGCCAGCAGCUCGUCCAAGAGCUGGAGAUACUCGCCCCAUGGUGCCGAGGCGGUGGGCUGUCUCUGCCAGAAGACAAGCCCACCGAUGGAGUGUCCCUGCCAGCCCUGAGUGCCAUCAGCUCUGGCUGCUGCCCGCCGUGCUCCUUGCGCGUCCCCCGACAAGGACACCUGCUCUGACCCGUGAUGUUCAGGUGAAUCUUUGUAUAUUGUUUACUUGUUUUAAUAAAUAAAUAAAUAAAUAAAUAUGAAUAAGUUAAAUUUAAGUCUGUAGAAAUUAAUUUACAGCUGAAGGAAAAGAAACCUGAGUUGUAAUUAAAAGGAAGUUUGUGAGAUGUGCUGUUUUGUUUUUUUUUUUUUUAAUGUCAUGUAUAAUAAUGUAAAACCAAUGUUAACAUUUGAUAUAGCUUUUAAAUCUCUGAAAGGGUGCUUGGUUUAAAGUGUUUCUUACAAAUGAAGAAAAAAGCACCCUUUGUUUCUUAAUAAAUACUUUAUGGUGUGA